AUGGGGUUCUCCGAUUCCGACAAGUCCAGUCCAAAUCUCAAUCCUAACGUUAACGAGCGCCCGGAUGGGUUCUCCCUUGAGGACUCCGGCGAGGAGGACUCUACUGGCUUCAUGACCCAUGAAACCCCAGAGGAUCCUCAGGACUCGGCAGCGGAUAUCUUACCACGAGAUCUUCAGCAGAAGACGGCCACAUAUGACUACGCCUAUGAGAAGUCCAUGAGCCACGCCGAGGCGAAACUAUUCUAUCAGCAUCACCAGUUGUCGUCGGCGUCGAAGGGGAUACCCCGGCUAGCCCCAUACCCGCAGGACGCCCAGCGGUCGCCGACGUGUACGAGUCCAAGGGGACGACGACCACCGGCACCAGUCCAUUGCAACAGACACGACGAGGCCGGCGGAGCAGCACUUCAGGCUCAAAACAGUCAGUUGGCCGCAGAUCUCUCCGCACGAAGCCACGCUAUGCCCCUAGGUGGAGCUCAUCCCUCUCACGGAUCAUAUCUCAACGCGACGCCAGCCGCGGAGGGAAUCCAUGGGUUAGGUCUGGGGAUUGGAUUGUCCCAGGGCGCAACUGGGUUUGCGCCUGGAGGCGAUGCCGUCACGUCUGAACUGAACGCCAUCUACUGCAAGAUCAAAAAUCUGCUAGACCGGCGGUCCAAAUACAUGGCGCUGUCCCUUCAACGACCUGGCGACGACCCAAGGAAUGAACAGGAUUGGGAGAUUUACCCUCCACCCCCCGAGCCCGCCUGGGACGAGGGCAAGGCGUACCAGCCUGGUAAUGUCGGGGGUCCCUCCGAUCUGGUAGGCAAGAAACGAAAAAUGGGCGAGGACAUUGGUGAAGACUUUGACAUGACGGAACUGGAGCCCCUUCCAAAACAAUCCUCCUGGACAUACCGCCUCGAUGGCAGCAGCGUCUAUCAAGUAUAUGAAUCAGAGACUGCCGCAGAUGAACAGAAACCCGUGGUGCAAAUCCCCUCUCUGCGUGACUUCUACAUGGAUCUGGAUGCAGUGGUCGAUGUUUCCACCGACGGCCCGACCAAAAGCUUUGCAUUCAAACGUCUGUCGUAUCUGGAGGGCAAAUUCCAACUAUAUGCAUUGCUCAAUGAGUAUCAAGAGAUCGCAGACAGCAAAAAGGUGCCGCAUCGAGACUUCUACAACGUCCGCAAAGUGGACACUCACGUCCACCAUUCGGCCUGCAUGAACCAGAAACAUCUCCUUCGUUUCAUCAAAAGCAAAAUGCGCAAAUCUCCCGACGAAGUAGUCCUCUUUCGAGAUGGAAAGCAUCUCACACUGCGCGAGGUCUUCGAAAGUAUCAACUUGACUGCCUACGACCUGAGUAUUGAUACCCUUGAUAUGCAUGCACACACCGAUUCAUUCCACCGGUUCGACAAAUUCAACCUCAAAUAUAAUCCAGUUGGAGAAUCCCGCCUUCGUGAGAUCUUUUUGAAGACCGAUAACUAUAUUAAGGGUCGGUAUUUGGCGGAAAUAACCAAAGAAGUGAUCUCUGAUUUGGAGUCCAGCAAGUAUCAAAUGGUUGAGUGGAGAAUCUCGAUCUAUGGACGAUCCAUCCAAGAAUGGGACAAGCUUGCUGCCUGGGUGGUAGAUAACAAGCUGUUUUCUCCCAACGUUCGAUGGCUGAUUCAGGUUCCUCGUCUGUACGACGUGUACAAAUCAAGCGGGAUGAUGGAGAACUUCGAACAAGUCAUCACCAACGUGUUCCAGCCGUUGUUCGAAGUGACCAAGGACCCCUCCAGUCAUCCCAAGCUUCAUGUCUUCCUACAACGUGUGGUUGGAUUUGAUAGUGUCGAUGAUGAGAGCAAGGCGGAACGUCGGUUCUACCGCAAGUAUCCCAUUCCCCGCGAAUGGAACACUAAGCAAAACCCGCCUUACAGCUAUUGGAUCUACUUCAUGUUUGCCAAUAUUGCGUCUCUCAACAACUGGCGGCAGCGUCGAGGAUUCAACACCUUCGUCCUUCGGCCGCAUUGCGGUGAGGCCGGCGACCCCGAUCAUUUGGCCGUUGGCUUCUUGUGCUGCCACAGCAUCAGCCAUGGUAUCCUGCUGCGAAAAGUGCCUCUGCUGCAAUAUUUGUACUACCUGGACCAGAUCGGCAUUGCAAUGUCGCCUCUGAGUAACAACGCCUUAUUCCUGACCUAUGACAAGAACCCCUGUGCCAGCUUCUUCAAGCGAGGUCUCAAUGUGUCCUUGUCCACCGAUGAUCCUUUGCAAUUUGCUUUCACCAAAGAGCCUCUGAUUGAAGAAUACUCGGUAGCUGCCCAGAUCUACAAGUUCAGCGCCGUCGAUAUGUGCGAGCUUGCGAAGCACUCCGUCGAUCAAAGUGGAUUUGAGCUGUCUUUGAAAAGGAGAUGGUUGGGCUCGGACUGUGGUCUUCCUGGUGUGGCUGGGAAUAAUGUGGCUAAGAGCAAUGUGCCCGACAUUCGAGAGGCAUUCCGGCAUGAGACUCUGCUGGCAGAACGUUCCCUGAUCGAGCGCUAUUCUCAAGGUCCAGGCACGGAUGAGCGAAAUGCUCUUGCUCCCGGUUUACUCCAUACUGCCAAUCAGGCAUCUGUGAAGCCUACAUACUCGCCAUCAUCCAAGAAUAGCGUCACUUCCGAAACGGCUCCUGGAAAACAAUCAGUGUUCUUGGGCCAAGGACAGAGCCCGCGUCUACCCGCUGAUUCCAUUGGUCAUCCCCGUUCGGAACCACAAGGUACCGCUCAAGGUAUGCCGACCUCAUCGGCAACCCACGGACUCUCGUCACCCCAUCUUGCGAGAAGUGAAUCGGCCACAUCUCUUGGUGGCAACACUGCCACUGGCACGAGCCCGGAUGGUCUACCCGAACAGACGAUCUUCCCAGGCAUCGUUCAUGAAACGGUUCGAAGAGGAAGUAUGCUCGCUCAAGCCGCCUGUGAUGAGUAG